GUGUGUAUGAUUUCGGUUCGAUGUAGUCUGUCAAAACUCUUGCUAAUAAUAAAACAGCCAGCCACUCGUUUGUUUUCAAUUUUUAAUUUUUUCACUUUAAAAAGAGAAUAUUUGAUGCAAUAAGCACAAAAGUGGAUUGAAAAAACGGGUGUGUGAAAUUCGCGACCAAUUGAAUUGAAUGCUGUAUCACAGGACAAAAUCGUCUAUACGCAAUGUGGAUUUAUGAUGACGAUUAUUAACCGUCGAGUGUGAUUUUGUGAUAUUUUUUUUCUUCUUCAUUUUUCCCUUUAUUGUUUGUGCGCGGAUGUUCAAUCUGCUGUGUAAAGCAUUUAUUUUACACUGGCUGUAAAAUCGCGGAAGCCGGUCGACCAGAAGAAAAUAUUUAUCAAUUCGACUACGAGUUACCUUGUGUCGCUAGAAUUUAAGGACUAAAACCAGAAGUGAGAAUAUUGAUUGAUAUCAUCAGUGUUUGUGUGUGUGUGACGGAAAAAGGAAAAAUCAUUGGCAAACAGAUUCGAACUGAAAUGAAUUGCUGAAAAUAAAUUAUUUUUCAAUUUCGUUCUUCGUUAGUUUCGAUACCACCAGGUCAACCAGGUCACAAGGUCACUGAAAUUUACUUCAUUAUCAAAUGACGUAGGAACAAAAACAAAACAACGCCGGCCACUUCAUACACAUCAAGUUUUAUGUUCAUGUGGAGCACAAUAAUUACGUACAUGGGAAACAAUAGCACACGAGAAACAUAGCGCAUAACGUAGACGUAAUUUUACUAUUUAGACGGAACCGCAAAUGACACAUUUUAAUGAAGACAAUUAGAUAAGAUUAAACGACACUAAGAAGACACUAAAUUACUAUUCAUACCGGCUCAAUCAAGCAGCUCAAUACUACCGAUUCGAAUUUCGCUGAGUUUAAUUUAAGGCAAAAGCAACACUAACCAAAGAUGUCUGAUUUGUUCAGAAACAAUUUCAUUACAUACCCGAAAGCUCUAUUUCGAACCACAAUUGUGAUAAUCAACAACAUUUACUGUAUACCAACAUAUGUACUAUGGAUGACACUACUGCUGCCCGUUAAAAGUUACAAGCCCGAUCUGUACUAUCGCAUAGAGGGACUAUUUUUCCACUGGCUGCUAUCGGUUGUGGCCAUGUGGUCGUGGACGGCUGGAUAUGACAUUGUUGAAUUGGGAGACGACAUAGCACCGACACGUAAAAAAGAUGUCCGCACCAUGGUGAUAGCCAAUCAUCAGUCCACAGCUGACGUACCGUUGAUGAUGGCCAGCUUUACCACAAAGCCAGAUAUUCUUCCGAAUAUAAUGUGGAUUAUGGAACGGCUGUUCAAGUUCACAAACUUUGGAAUCGUCAGUCUCAUCCAUCAAGACUUUUUCAUCAGUUCGGGGAAAAAUGUUCGUGAUCUGUCCAUAAAAAAGCUGAUGGAACACAUCGAGGAAUCGUUCAUUCCGCGGAUGCGAAAUUGGAUGGUUCUGUUUCCCGAAGGUGGGUUCCUGCGCAAACGGAAGGAAGUGAGUCAGCAGUAUGCGCUGAAAAAUAAUCUGCCGCUGAUGAAUCAUGUAUCGCUACCCAGAGUCGGUGCACUGAAGGCGAUAUUUUCGGUUCUGCCGCCACAUGAAACACAGACGACGUCGCAACAGGGAAAUAACAAUUCGUGCAAGCAAUCGACAAACAACGGGACAGUUACACAGGAUAAUGGUGAAGCAGAUCCCGCGGCAACACCCACCGCCACGGAAACGCGUCACUAUCUCGACUACAUUUUGGACAUAACCAUCGCCUAUCCAAACGGUAAACCAUUAGACAUCCUGAACAUCAUCCACGGCAUUCGUUUACCGUGUCCCACAUACUUCCUGUAUCGCCUCUAUCACACAUCACAGCUGCCCAAAACGGAAGACGGCCUCACCAAAUGGCUGUACGAACGCUGGCACGAAAAGGAGAAAAUCCUCGACGAUUUCUACAAAAACGGCAACUUUUCCAUACCGGUGGCCAUGCCGCCGAUUGUCGUGCAACAGGAUAUGCUACGGUUGGUGAUUAUCAAUUUGUUUUUCAUCACGUCAACGUAUGUGCAUCUGCAAAUGUUCUACAUGCUGGCCGAUUAUUGUAAUCGAUUCUAUGUGCUCGGUUUUGCGUAAGAAGAACAACGGGAUGUGGACGUGUUGGACAGUGUAAUGCGAGGAAUGUGGGUUGGUUGGUUGUUUCUGGAAUUGACCUAUUAGCGCACGGACACGAUUUUUUCGGGUGAAUUUUUGUUGUUGUUGUUACGAGAAUUGAAAAUAGAGAAUUCGCGGGGGUGAGAUAAAUUUACAAUUUACAAAUGUAACCCGUCAGAGUGUGAUUUGAAUUAUUGUAUCUACUGCAUUCAAUUUAUGUGAAUUAAAAUAAACAAAAGAAA